UUUUCACAACCCUUGCUUUAUUUUAUUUUAUGGAACUGGAAUUUCUUUCUAAAUAUGUAGAAACUGAUUUAAAAUUUACGAAAAUAAAAACAAAAUAUUUUUUAACAUACCUCUAUUUUUCAGACAUUUUCUAUUUUUUAUCCUCGUAUUUUUAAAAAAAUAUAUAAAAAUAUACUUUUAUAAUUAUUUUAUCCUAUCAAAUGUAAAAAUGUAAAAGUGUGUAAGUGGGUGGUACUAUGUUAUGUGUGUCAAAAAUAGUGAUUUUCAAGAUUGUUGAGGUGUGCCAAAAAUUAUGGGGGUUGCAUCAAGAGAAAGCCCAAAGUGGAGGAGUCGAGUAUAUAACUUUCCAAUCGGGCCCGGCUCAUGAUGGAUUCAUCCAAGCAGAAGAAAAGGAAGUAGCGGGAGAUUUCUUUUCCCGCGCGAUGGAAAUGGAACCCUGGGAAGCCCUUGGCGUCGAUGAGUCCGAUCUCUCCGCCUUCCUCCGCCCUUGCAACGCCCAAUCCACCUCCUCUUCCCUCAUUCCUGGCCCUGCCGGCGCCGUCCAAGCCGUUAUGAGCAACCGCUGUCGCGACGACCCACUUCCCACUCAGGAAUUCAUAAGGCGCGUCGGCCUCGAAGGCCACCGCGAUUUCAGCACCAAUCCCUGGCUCUGCGCCAUCCGAUUUGUUUGCUCGCAGGGUAUGGUGGACGCUGAUGACGUCGCACACGGCACGCCGUUGAACUCAAUCAAGAACACUGAAAGAGUGCCGCUGGUCGUAGCUGUUAUCAAAUCAUGCACUCCCAACGGUCUUGGUGACAUGAAGAUUACGCUCAAGGAUCCUACGGCCACUGUUAGUGCCAGUGUCCAUCGCAAAGUCUUGGCGCAGCCGGAAUUUGGGAAGGACUUCGCUGUUGGUUCUGUCGUGGUUCUGCGCGAGGUUGCUGUGUUUUGUCCUACCCGCUCUACCUGUUAUCUGAAUGUAACAUUACGCAACGUUCUACAGGUCUUCUCCAAGGACUGUGGACCUCCAUCAGAACAAUUAAUACAUCCUGUACGCCCAGUGAUGCGCGCUACACCUAGUACGGAAAGGCCUGAAAGGUUGUUUGCAUCUGGAAGUACAUCCUCUCCGCCCCUGGAAAGAAAUGAAGAAAUCAUGUCUGGUCUCAGAUUUGAGUCAAGCUCUAGACAAGUAGCAGAUAUUGACCGGCAGCGAGCUGAAGUUUUGGCUUCAACGUCGUCUCACAGAGAAACUGUUUCAGAAAGAGAGAACUUGCCGUUAAGUCUGGAUAAUGCUGGACAUGUGGAAGUAAAUUGUGUUAGUGAGCUUGAUUGUGAGAUGGAAGAUCAACCCAAUCCUCCUGAAUUGAAUGAAGAAGCCGAUAGUUUAGCGCAGAUUGCUCAAGGCAAUAGUUCUACAUCGAACUCAGUUCAUACAUCUCGUGCUGAAAAAACUGAGAUGGAAAUUCAGUUGGAAAGUCAGAGGCAGAUGGAUAGUCAAAGAAGUUCAGUCCCCCAUUGGACAGACGAACAGCUGGAUGAGCUUUUGGCGUUUGAUUGAGGUAACAAUUUCUGUUUGUCAAAUCAAAAGUAUACUAGAGGAUGUUGGUAUAUCCCCAGUUCGCAUAUUUGCAUUUUAAAGAUGCACGCGUUUGGUAAAUAUGUGCAAGAAUACAUUCAUUCAUAGAUGAGAACUGGCUUGUCUCUAAUUCCAUUUAGGAAUGUUACAGGUGUUUGCAUUUUGUUUUUCUUUUGCACUAUUAAUCGUGCUUUAUUUUAUUUUUCUUUUAUAUAGAAUAGUUAGGUGUUUAUUGUUUUGAUUA